UUCAUUAUAGUGACCGAUCAUGAGCCACUAUUAACCCUGAGGAAAUCUAAGGAUUACUCGGGCAUGAUUGGGAGAUGGGCAAUGGUGCUACAGAGCAUGGACUUUGACAUUCGCCAUUGGAAGCACAAAAAGCACGGGAAUGCUGACGGGUUGACACGACUGCAUCGACCCGAGAAGGUCCUCAAGAGCGAGGAAGUGAUUCCGUGGAACGAGUCGAAGGACGAGAACGGACCGUGGUACGGACAAGUGACGUGGAUGCGAACCGACGAGCAUCAGCCGUGUAUUGUGUACCUGGAGUUGCUGAUCAUCCAGGCUUGGAGAACUGACGUGGAGGGCGAUCUUCUCGGUUUCCUCUUCGGAUCGGUACGGCCGGGCCAUCGCCAGCCAAUUACUCAAGAACUUGUUGUCCAGCUCGCACAACUGGCUGACGAUCUCUCUCUCGACAUCGUCUCGCAAAGCGGCGACAGUCCGGCUCCGCACGUCAUCACGCGGACGUUAGCACCGUAUCUUCAAUGGACUGCAUGCUUGGAAGAACCCGGGAGUGAAAGCACUCUUCCGUCGCGGCAGGAGUACCUGAAGCCGUACGGAAUCAUCGAUCGUGUCUUCUUCCCGAAGGAAGAUCCUGAGGAAGCGCUUGUCAAUGAAGAAGAAGAAGAAGCCACCGAAGAAGAGGGCGACGCAGACGAAGAAACGUCGGAGGAAGGAAGUUAUAGUGAGUACAGUGAAGGGGAGCAGAGUGAAGAAGAGGACGAGGUAGAAGAAGAAGACGAAGAGGGGGAAGCCGAAUCGGAGUGGGAGGAUAUACCGGAAGAAGCAGCGCGCACAGGCACGGAGGCGGAAGAUCCCGAGGUGGCACGUAAGUGAGAAGAGAUCGCCGCCGGGAAAAGCCAGCUGGAAUUCGCGAGCGGAGCGAAUCUGCGCAUCAACGACGAUCCGACCAGGGAUCCAGAGCCCCCAAAGCCCGA